AUGGCGCCGGUCCUGCCCGCCGCUGCCGGUACCGCCAACCCGACAACUCAACAACCAGCGGCGGCCAAGAUCAAACGCCCUCCGCCACCGGGCAUUCAGACCAACGGCGUCAGUCAACCAAAUACUUCGCCAUCACCAUCGUUACCGACCAAACGAGCGCCUUCGCUGGCACGACAGACUCCGGGCGCCCGACCCCCAAGUGGUUCCGGAGUGCGCCGCGAUGCUCCCGCCGGAGCAUUGGCGUCCGGCCAGAAUGCCGCCAGCAGCAUAGGCCCGCUGUCGGCAGGCUUGACAGCUGGCUUCGAGGUCAUUCCGACAAAGGAACCGAUCCCUUAUGUCAAGUCAGCCGAAUACAUUCUCCGCAAGUUUCGCGGUAAUCCGCCAUCGCUGAUCGUUCAUUUGCACCCUACACACUUUCGCUUCGAUAACCAAGACGGCAUGUUUCCAUACAAAUCCCCGAUGAAGAUAUUUCUGGAGCACGUCAGGGCAAGGACGGUACCACACGAUCUUUUGCCGCAACUCGUCGAAGGUGAAGUACCAUUCUACGAAGGAUGCCUCAUUGUACAGAUUCAUGACCACAAGUCCGUCGCCAUGGCAAACUCAAAAGAUGUCGCGCGCCCGGCAUCAUCCACCACCACUGUCGGGUCAACAAUACAUAACCACAACCCAUACAUCACGCCUUCACCCUUCGCGCCGUUUCCACAGGACAAUGCGGGCUCCAAUGCCAAGGCGAACACUGCCGGUGAAGCCAAGGGCAAGGCCAAGGAGGAGGAAGAUGGAGCGGAUAAGGAAAAUUCACCAGCUCCGAAUGGCCUACCCGAAGCGCCAAAAAGCAAACCGCCGCCGAAAGCCAUCAUCCGCACUGUGGUACUCCACCCUACCGAGCAAUCGAGGAUGAUGGAUUUGUGUAUCAAGGCCGCGACAGGCCGGAGUGCUGGGCAAGACGCCGCCGGCGCGCCCCCUCCCACGCCGUCACUGGCCGUACCACCUACGCCUACAGGUACCACCGCACCGCCGGCGGCCAAGAAAAUAAAAGUGGAGCGCUUGGAGAUCGAUGGAUCGAACAAAUACGAGGUCGAAGCCGCAAUCCUACUCGCUAUAACCCCCGAGUUGGACCUAACCCCAACAAGAAAUGCCGAGGAGACGAUUCGCAAGUUGGAGUCGCAGGCGCACCCGGACCAUUCCCAUCCUCCACCACAACCAAAGUCACGGAAGAGGACAGUGGCCGAAAUGGAGGCGGCCGAGGCCGCUGCGGCGGACCAGGAACGGUACAUGCUUUCUUGCGACGAGAGGCAUGCCGGGACCAACCAAGGCGCAACCGGCGGCGGCGACGGCGAUGCUCAGGGCACUGCCGCCGCCUUCGAACCGAGGUUCGAGCGCUUCAAGCUCAUCGCAGAUAUUAGGCAGGAUCUGGCUGAGAAGCAGGCGCUCGAAAACGCGAAGAAGGCGGAAGCUGAGCGCAAAGCCCAGCUCAAAAAGCAGCAGGAGAUGGCUGAGGCUGCAGCGGCUCAGGCGCAACAACAGGCCGCCUUUGCCCAGGCGCAGGCGCAAGCGCAGGCUCAAGCCCAGGCUCAGGCUCAGGCUCAGGCUCAGGCUCAGGCUCAGGCUCAGGCUCAGGCUCAGGCUCAAGCUCAGGCUCAGGCUCAGGCUCAGGCCCAGGCCCAGGCUCAAGCUCAAGCUCAAGCUCAAGCUGCUCAGCAACAAGCACAGCAGCAGGCUCAACAACAAGCACAAGAGAGGAUGCGGAGGGAGCAAGCUCAGCGCGAUCAACAAAAGCAACAAGCGCAACAACAGCAACAGCAGGCACAGCAACAAUCACUACAGGCUCGACAGGAAGCCCAAAGGCGACAACAAGCCCAAGCCCAGGCGCAUGCUCAAGCUCAAAGUCAGGCCGGAUCACCACCGAAUACUGCUGGGAUGCAACUUCCACAUGGACAUCCUUCGUCACAGAACGUGCCAGUCACAGGUCCACAUGCAAAUGGGGUGCCAAAUGGUAUCCAGGGGCAGGCUCGGUUUGUUUCCCAGCCGCCCGUCUCAUCACCCAUCAUCAGGAAUGGCACGCCGCAGAACAUGUCUUCGCCGAUGGUCAACAACGUCUCGGUGCCAAUGCAAGCUUCCAACUCGAAUAUGGGCUCCGCUAUGGGCAGUCCAGCGCGUCCGCCGUCUGUGGUUCAGACUCACCCACCGAUGGCAGCUGCCAUGACUGCGAGCAUGUCUGCUAGGGGCAGCCAGCAAAGCCAUCCCUCAAACACACCGAGGAUGCCUAACGCGACGCCCAACAUGGCGCAUGCGACACCCAACCAGCGGCCUCAGGGCAUGAUGCAGACCCCUCGCAUGACACAAGCCACUCCUCCCCCGGGUGGCAUGGCCGGCGGGCAGAUGUCGAUGCAGCAGGCUCAGGCAAUGGCGAUGAAUGGUCAGCUGGCUCAGCUGCAGGCCCAGAACCCCCAGCUUGCAGCGCAGAUAAUGGCAGCCAACCAACAGAGUCAGUUCUUGCAGCGCCAGCAGGCGGCGCAACAGAACGGUAUGAUGGGCAGGGGCCAGAUGACACCACAGCAGCUCCAACAGUUUAUGAUGGCGCAGCAAAACAAUCCUGCCGUAUUCCAGCAGUACGCGCAACAGGUUGGUGAUUUGAGGCACGCCCAACAAUUACAACAACUUCGGCAGAUGCAGGCUGCCGGCAUGAUGCCGGCACAGAUCCAACAGCAGCAGCAGCAGCUGUUGAUUCAACAAAACAUGAUGAACCUGAACAACAUGCCACCCCAACAGCUGGCGGCUAUGCAGCAACGCAUGGCGCAAGUGCAACAGCAGCAACGCAUGCAACAGCAGGCGCAAGCCCAACAGCAGCAGGCACAGCAGCAGCAGGCACAGCAGCAAGGGCACAUGCAAAUGGGUGGCAUGAACCAGGCUGCAGGCCAUAUGGCGCCGCAGAUGGCUAACCCUUCCGAGGGGCAGCUUGUAGCCCAAAUCAAUCUCCACUCGCAAGCAAUCUAUCGGAAAAUGCUUCCGUCGUUAAUCAGCAAGCAUGGCGGCUCUUUGGAAGCAGUGCCACCGGACCAGUUGCAGAGCUUCAAGAAUUCAUGCAUUACAAUGGCGAGGCAAGCCGUCUCGCAGCAGAUGCGGAAUAGACAGCAGCAGGCGAUGCAGCAGCAACAACAGCAGCAGCAUUCGAUGAUGGGAGCGCAACAGAUUGCAAUGCAGCAGCAGCAACAGCAACAGCAGCAGAACAUGGGUGGAAUGAUGCACCAGGGCAUGUAA